CAAUUCCACGCCAAGGAGACGGCGGAAAAAAGAAAAGAAGAGAAAAGAGGCGGAGGGGGAGGAGAGGCCGAGCAGCAGUGUGACAGCGUGAAAGCGCGUUAAACCGCGUUAAACAUGCCAUUCAGCCAGCCGCAGACCUCCAGCUCCACUGCAGCCGCUGGAUGCCGAACAACCUUAGAACUUUAAACGAACAAUGCACGUGAGAGCUCGACAACAGUAGAACGAUUUAAAACAUAACGCUCAAUAUCGCCACGUCUUAACCGUCUCUUCAGUUCGUUGAGGUGUUUAGAGCUUUUUUAUGGGUAAAAUACUGGAUUUUCUUCAUUGAUUUCUCUGAAACGGUGCUAGCAGAGGACGGGACGGGGAGAAUAACUACAGACCUGCUGCCGAGAGAGAGACGCUUUGAGAAGAGGAACUUUCUUACCAGGCCGGUUUCCCGUCCGGACUUUGUGAGAUCUCUUUUUUUAAAAUGAACUUUUUUGGAUUAAGUGUGUUGCUCGCCUACUCGUCAUUCCUCUACACGAACCUCGCUUUCCAGUCGAGUCAAGAUUACUACGAUUACGACCCAGACGAAGGAGAUGCCCUGGAGCCCUCGGAGCGUGACCUGGAGGAGCAGCUGCGUUCUGCCAGUAGUGUGGAUGAGCUGAUGAAGCUACUGUAUCCGAGCUACUGGAACAUGCUCAAGUGCCGCUCCAAACGCGGAUCCAUGCCUCGUUUUAGUUCCAGAGAACACAGUGAGCAGCCUUCUGCAGAAACGCGUAUGGAGGAGAUGACAUUCGCUGCCGCAUACUUAAAUAUUGACAUAUUUAAAAGUAUUGAGGCAGAGUGGAGAAAGACCCUGUGCAUGCCGCGCGAAGUUUGUUUAGAUGUGGGGAAAGAGUUUGGGGCAGCCACAAACACCUUCUAUAAACCACCCUGCGUGUCUGUCUACAGAUGUGGAGGCUGCUGCAACAGUGAGGAACACCAGUGCAUGAACAUCACUACCUCUUACAUCAGCAAGACGUUGUUUGAGAUCACAGUCCCUGUGAAACAGCCACCGAAACCAGUCACUAUCAGCUUUGCCAACCACACCUCGUGCAACUGCUUGUCUAAGCUGGAUGUGUACAGACAGCGACACUCAAUCAUCCGACGAGCCUUGCCAGAAUGUCAUGUGGCGAAUAAAACAUGCCCGAAGAACCAGAGUUGGAGCAAUAGCUUAUGCAGAUGUGUGCCUGUGCAUGACACACUCUUCCCUCAGCACCACUCGGAUUCAUUUAAUCAGGACUUCUGUGGUCUAAACAAGGAGCUGGAUGAGGACACGUGUCAGUGUGUGUGCCGGAAGGACGUGAGGACGGCCGGCUGUGGACCACGACGCUACUUGGACAAGAAUACCUGCCAGUGCGCAUGUAAAACACAGCCUUCAUCCUGUGGUCCCCACCAAACCUUCAACAAGGACACCUGCCAGUGCACCUGUGCCAAGGUGUGUCCCAGCACUCACCCACUCAACCGCACCAAGUGUGCGUGUGAGUGCACAGAGUCGGCCAACAAGUGCUUCCUCAGAGGAAGGAGGUUCCAACCAGCCACAUGCAGUUGCUACAGACUGCCAUGUCAAGUGGACCCCAAGAGGCGGCGAUGUGAGGAGGGUUUAUUCUUCAGCGAUGAAAUCUGUCACUGCAUCCCCAAUUACUGGAGGAGACCUAAUUAAGCGAUGUUAACGGACCAGCUAACAGAGCUAACAGAACACAGAGACGCUAACGUUAUGAAGCGGCCCUCAGGGUGCCUGCUGCUAAAUGGACUCUCUUCCGCUGGUCCCGUAGGCUGCCACGCAGUAGUGAUGGCAUUAAUGGGGACUCGCUGUAAAAGACAUUUGAUUGUAACCCCAAAUAUGAGAUGAGGGGAUGCGAGCUUACUUUGAACUUGAUCACCAUGAGAGAUUUUAAAGGCUGGAGCCAUUUUAUUUUCUACGUCUUUUAAUUGAUUUGUUUACUCAUUAUUUGUCAGAUAUUGAUUAUAUAAUUUAUUGCCACUAAAUGUUUUGAAACAUAUUUGUUCAUAGCGAUUUCAAAUCUUUGCAAAGGAAAUACACUGUGAUCAAUAUUUUUGUAUCAUGUGGUCCCGUAAAAUAAAAUAUAAAGUUGUAUUAUAUAUUGUUAACUUAUUUAUGAGCUAGUCUAUCAUACUGAAAUAGUACAGAUAAUACAAAAUGAUGCAAAUGUAUUCAGUUAUGACCACUAGGACUUCUGUAUAUUGUAUCCAUCUAUCAGAGUAAAGUGUCAUCUGACAAUUUAUUGACAGUACCGUUCACCACAUAGAUACACAAGUAUCAGCCCUUUGCGGAAUAUACAAGUUGAUCAUUUGUGACAGACUUCAGUGUGCUGCAAGUUGUCCGUUUCAAGGACGUUCCUUAUAAGGACCAGCAGAGUGGGGGGAGUGUGGAAAAAAUGCAGGAUCUCAUUAUGGUGUGUAUAAAGGAAACACAGCGUGUUAGCAUCAUGGAGCAUCAAUGGCCAAACUGUUCUCUGUCUCGCAGAUAAACGUUUUAUAUCUCGUGCCUGCAGUAAAACACAUCACCCGGGCAUCCUUUGCACCACUGUCUUAUGCAGGAUAGAGAGCAAAGACACACCUUCAUCCAAAGAGGCCUGCACACAGGAAGAGAAAAAUGGACCUUUAUAAGUGAUUGAUUUGCUUGUUUGCCACUGUUGGUUGUAUCUUUUGUAGUUAGUGUGAGUGGGCUUGUGUACUCUGAAAGAGAGAGAGAGCAGAUUGAGAGAACUGUGUGUAUCCCUCUUUCUUCCAAACAUUCCUACAUUGUCUGCACUGUAAAUAUAAUAAAUCAUUUCUGCUUCCACCCCAAACUAGA